GAUCCUCAUCCUGCCGAUUUUCUUUGGCGGCUUCUUCGCUGCUCUCAUGAUCAUGUUCAUCCUCCAGGAGCUCUGCUUUAUGGCCCUGCUGACAGCUUUUAACGAUUUGAACGAGGAGAUUGCCUUUAGUGGCCUGGAAGCCGUCGCCUUCUCCGAGAACUCGAUCCAUGUCUCCGUUCACGACCUUUACCGGUUUCAGGUGAAGUAUGCCAGCAGCUGGGCGUUGUAUAAGAAGAUCCAGGAUCAGGUUGCCAUGCCUCUGCAAAUCUUCUGGGUGAUCGAGGUCAGCAUCAUGAUCUGGUCAAUCUGGAGCAUGACCCAGGGGAUCGCGGCGGACCCAGGCGAUGAGCGUGUUCUAAGGCUCAAGUCCUACUGGAAUCUCAUCGUCCGGCUCUCCUGGUUCGUUGGCGGAUCGCCCUGGUUUGGAGCUGGGAGUUGGAUCACCGGAAUUCUGCCGUGGGGAAGUAACUAUUAUGCUUGGAGGAUGGACAACCUCACCAAGCGCUUGCUGUUCAAGCAGCCGACGCUGAGGAACUCGAUGCGUACAUUUUUGAAGGAGUUUCCUUUGGAAUUUCGUAGCGGCUUCCUCCAGACCACGCCGCUUCUGCUCCCACUCUUCUCCGUCAUCCUUGCCACGAAUACCGUGGGCUUCGUGUUCGACGCACUGCGCCUUUUCAAUGCCAUCUGA